AUGGUACGGAUUUCGCCGGAGAUGGACCGAGCCCGACCGGCCCACGCGCACGGCCUGGCCUCGACCGCCACUCUCUGCGGCGGAAUCGGCACCGUCGGCGCCCUCUGGAUCCUCCUGGCACUUCUCGGCUUCCUCCCGACGGUCGGCGGCACCAACCCCGUGCGCUUUGAGUCACACUCGAUCCUCGGCAUGCGCAUUCUGAGCCGCUCCGACUUCCCCUCAGACGGACAGUACCUUGCGUAUCAGCGGGACACGUACACCAGAGUGACCGGCCGGGAUCUGGAUCUGCAGCUCGAGGGACGCACGACUUCGACGUCUCUCUUCAAAACCAUGCAAGAGACCCUCGACCUCGCCCGUACCAACCUCGCGAGCGGCGUCACGGCGGACGAGUUGAAGCUGAAAGAAGACCUGCAUGGAUGGAACAACCUGAACGAGGUGUACCGCGCUGCCAAAUAUGAGAGCAUCUAUGGAACGGCCUUGGAGGAUGAUGUCGGCCGUGCUUACGAUGCGGGCUUGGAAAGGGCGAUACAAAACGGUACAAAAGUCAAGCUGCGGAGCAAGUACCGCGAGCAUCUGCGCAACAUGCGAAAAAAGAUAGAGCCAGCAAAGAUGGCGGACCGUAAGAAGAAGCAGGCGGAGGCGAAGCAACAAGAAGAGCAGCAGCGCGCUCGCCCCGGCCGGCGCGCUCAAGAAGGCAAGGUUGUGCUCGACGUCGUCAAAGUUCCAGAUCCGGCUCUGACAAAGCUUUGGCACGCGACCUCUGCGAUUGGCAACACGCUCCGCAAGUUUGCUCGGCCGAUCAACAACGCCUUCGCUAUGGCCAGUCAAGUCGUUCACAGCCUUCACAUGCCAAAACUCGCGCCCGGCCGCAAUGGGUGGAAUCCGUCGCUCGUUAUCCAAGGAAAGCUCCAUCACUUCAUGGGCCCGUUGUUUCCUGCUGAAGGCAAGCCAACGGCCUUCGCCCAGACGUACAUGCACGACCCGUCCAUGGCGAACACGACCGCCCUCGAUUUGCGUAUGGGUCGCAUCUACCUGCCGGCCAAUGCGACCGCGGGCGAAAAGGAGCGAGUACGCGAGCUACUCGACGUGUUCGGGAAGGCAAUUUGCGAGCACAAUCCGUACGUAAAAGACUUCAUGACGGCGAGCCAGCUUGCGAGCAAAGACGACAGCGUCGCGAAGAUUGUCAUCAACGCCGACGCACGGCCGCCACCGUUGGCGGGCGAGACGAAUCGCUCCUUUGACCCGCUGCAUUUCGUGCUGCUGUUUCCGGGCGGCGAUGACGGCUGGAAAAUAAACAUGGAGAAGCAGGGCACGAAGCAGAGCGUGACUCCGUGCGAUUACUACGCCUAUCGGAUGCAAUGGCGCGUCAACGACGACGGCGGCAACGCGCUGCUCAUGUCGCAACGUCUGUUCCAGGCGACCGAAUACGCUUGCAGCGCCUUCGCCAAGGCCGAGCACUGCAGGCUUCAGUGGCAGCGACACAACCAAACGGCCAUCCGUGCCGCCAUGUACCAGGGCCUGUGCGAUCACGUCGCGGCGGGCGACGCUGGGAAGCCGAUCGGCAAGCGGAUCGUCCUGUCGAACAGCUUUGUUGGAGGGAAUCGAGACAUGGCAAAACGAUACCAGGAUGCGAUGGCAUGCGUGCGGCAUCGCGGCAAGCCGUCUUUUUUCAUCACAUUCACGUGCAACCCGAAGUGGAGCGAGAUUGUCGACUCGCUACCCGCCGGUGUGUCCGCCACAGAUCGUCCAGAUAUCGUCUCUCGAGUCUUUCGCCUUAAGCUCAACCAGAUGCUCUACGACAUAAAAAAGGGGGACGCCUUCGGGAGAGCAGUCGCUCAUCUUGCAGUGGUCGAGUUCCAAAAGCGGGGCCUCCCUCAUGCUCACAUUUUGGUCAUUCUUGCUGAGUGCGACCGUAUCAAAUCUGGCCCGCGGGACGAUGUGUGA